AUGAGCGCUCAAGCUGCAACUAAUCCUAAAUACAAACCAGUGAAACCCACCGUAGAUGAGAUUAAAGAAGAUCAUAUAACUCAACUUGCAGCAGACUAUUGGGCACCAAGCACUGUUGAGAACCAGAAACCCUUUGAUCCCGAAAUAAUUGAAGUUAUUUACCAGAAGGAAAUCAAAGGAACCAAAUUCAACAUCCGAAGGAUCAUGAUGUUGGAAGUGAGUCAGUAUUUAGAAAGAUAUCUUUGGCCUAAUUAUAUCACUGGUGUUUCUUCUCACAAUCACAUGAUGUCGAUAGUGGUCAUGAUGAAUGAGAAAUUUCGGGAAAGAGUAGAAGCAUGGACAUCUAUCAAAAAGCAGCCAGAGCAUGCAGACGGAUUUUUGAGACAGAUGUUUCACGCUAGUUUAGAAGAAGAUGUGAAAUUAAGCUUUUUAGAAAAGAAGACUUUGAUCCUAUUUUUAACUAAUACAUUUAAUAGCAUUGAAGUUGAGUUGAUAAGAGAACAAAUCAAACGUCUUGUUUCUUUAUCUUCUUGGUCGUGCCUUCAUCAAAAUCGCAGAAUUCAAGAACUAAAUAAAGCACCGAAAUGGGAAAAAUAUUAUAAGAAGUUAAUGAAAAAACGGAAAGAUGAAUCUGAAAAUGAUGCAGAAUGGGAGAGAAAAUUUUUAUAUACGUUAAUGCUGAAUUUUCUUAACCAUUUAGAAGAAGUUUCUGCUGAUGGACCUAUUGCCCCGGAAGUGAUUCACUAUUGCGAAAGGUUUUUGGAAUUUCUUAUUGAUUUAGAAGCAUCAUUGCCUACACGCAGAUUUUUCAAUGCUCUGCUCGAUGACUGUCAAUUAGUGUUGCGAUGUCGUGUUUCAGCUUUACCCAGAAGGGAAGAAGGUCAUUUGUUCUCACAACUUCUUGAUACACUCAAGUUCUAUGCCAGGUUUGAGAUUAAUGAUAUCACAGGCGAUCCUUUAACUGAUGCUCAAAUGUCCCAAAUGCAUUAUGACAGUAUCAAUUUCUUGCAAAAGGUUGUUUUUUCAAAGUAUCCUGCUCUCAGAGAGUUUUCUUUGAAAAACGUUUCUAGCAUUGAUACUCGUGAAAAUAUUUUAAAGUAUUUUUCAAAAUUGGAUAAAGAAGCCUUGAGAGAAAUUACAGCUCAUCUUAACCUUGUACCACCAGCUGAAAGGGAACAGGAAGAAUAUUGGUACAGAACUGAUCCACUUUUCAUGAUAGAAUUGCUUGCUUAUCGCCAUGAAAAGCGAAUCUCUCAACUCGAUGAAAUAAACAACAUGCCUCUUUAUCCCACAGAAGAAGUAAUGUGGAAUGAAAAUAUAGUCCCUUCAGAUUACUAUUCCGGAGAAGACUGCUUAGCAUUACCUAAAUUGAAUUUACAGUUUCUUACUUUGCACGAUUAUUUGUUAAGAAACUUUAAUUUAUUUAGACUUGAAUCAUCGUAUGAGAUCAGGCAAGAUAUAGAAGAUGCUAUUUGUCGUUUGAGCCCUUGGAAGACCGAAGAUAGUGAAAAUAAUAUUUAUUUUGGCGGUUGGGCAAGGAUGGCCCAACCUAUCAAAAGUUUUCUAGUUGUUGAAGUUGUAAAGCCGAGAAUAGGAGAAAUGGUUCCUGCUAGAGUUGUUGCUGAAGUAACCAUCAAUCUAGACGUUAAGUCAGAUGUUAAAAAAGAAUGGGAAUCGUUACGUAAACAUGACAUUUGCUUCUUGAUUGCAGUUCAACCUAAUCUUCCUAUAGGUACGAAUUACAAUUUGAGACAUUCGUUUCUAGAACAAAGUGGUUUAAAAUAUAUCAGAGGAUGUGAAGUUUUAGGAAUGUUAGAUGAGGAGCAUAGAAUUAUUGAGGAUUUCCCUGAUGCUCCCAAACCUACCUUCACUUCUAACUCAAGAACAUUCAGAGUAUUGUUAGAUACGAAUCAAUACAAAAUGGAUAUGGAUAUUAUUUCUGAGGUAAAUGAUGAUUUUUAUGCUAAUUUUAACGUCAUCGUGCGUCGAAAAACUAAAGAAAAUAAUUUUAAAGCUGUUCUCUUUACGAUAAGGCAAUUAAUGAAUUCUGAAUGCGUUGUACCUAGUUGGCUUCAUGAUAUUUUACUUGGGUACGGAGAUCCUGGUGCAGCACACUAUUCCCGAAUGCCGAAUGAAAUAGCUUCAUUGAAUUUCAAUGAUACAUUUAUUGACUUGGACCAUUUGAAGGCUAGUUUUCCAGAAUAUGAAGUAUUGAUUAAAGAUGAAUGUAUAAAACCACCUUUUAAAUUGACUUUUGAGGAUGUGUUGGCAAAAAAAGAAGGAAAGAAAUUUAGUAAAAAGUUUAUCUCUGUAGAGCAUCAGAAAUAUAUCCCCAAAGGGCCUUACCCGGUAACUUUAAGAAGAAACCAAAUAUACUUCACUCCUACUCAAGUAGAAGCAAUCAGAGCGGGUAUGCAGCCAGGGUUAACUAUGGUGGUAGGUCCUCCAGGUACCGGAAAAACUGACGUUGCUGUUCAGAUCAUAUCGAAUCUUUAUCAUAACUUCCCGAAUCAAAGGAUUUUGAUUGUAACUCAUUCUAAUCAAGCAUUGAAUCAACUUUUUGAGAAAAUCAUCAAGCUCGAUAUCGAAGAUAGGCAUUUGCUUCGUCUCGGUCAUGGUGAAGAAGAAUUAGAAACAGACAAAGAUUUCAGCAGGUAUGGUAGAAUAAAUUCAAUUUUAAGUAAAAGGUUAGAAUUGCUGGAAGAUGUUCAGAGACUUCAGAAGUGUUUGGAUGUACAAGGUGACAUGUCCUUUUCAUGCGAAACAGCAAGAUAUUUCUAUCUAAAUUAUGUCUAUGCUAGUUGGGAAAAAUAUAAAGAUUCUAUAACAUCUGAAGAUGGAAAGGAAGUUCCCGUUGACAUGAUAUCUGAAAAAUUUCCAUUUCAUGAUUUCUUCAAAGAUGCACCACAGCCAUUAUUUAAGAAAAAUGAUUAUGAAGAAGACUAUGAAACUGCACUGAGCUGCUUCAGGUAUAUCGAAGAGAUAUUUACUUUGCUCGAUGAAUUUAGAGCGUUUGAAUUGCUUCGAGGAGGUGCUGACCGUUCUAAAUAUCUGUUAGUGAAAGGAGCAAAAAUAAUAGCUAUGACUUGUACUCACGCAGCUCUUAAAAGGUCUGAAUUAGUAGAAAUGGGUUUUAAAUAUGAUACAAUAUUGAUGGAGGAGUCUGCUCAGAUACUUGAAAUCGAAACUUUUAUCCCACUGCUGGUUCAAGAGGCAGAAGACGGUUUCAAUAGAUUAAAACGUUGGAUCAUGAUUGGUGAUCAUCAUCAGCUUCCUCCUGUUAUCAAAAAUAUGUGUUUUCAAAAAUAUUCAAAUAUGGAACAGUCGCUUUUUACUCGCUUUGUACGACUCGGUGUUCCAACUGUUGACUUAGAUGCUCAGGGUCGAGCUCGACCAGGUAUUUGUGACCUGUACAACUGGAGGUAUAAGAAACUUGGUAAUUUAAGUCAUGUUGAAAAUGAAGUAGAGUACAAAUUAGCAAACCCUGGCUUCCAAUUUGAAUAUCAGUUUAUAAAUGUUGAGGAUUUCAAUGGCGUCGGCGAAUCGGAGCCAAGUCCUUAUUUUUAUCAAAAUCUUGCAGAGGCUGAAUACAUUGUGGCGGUAUAUAUGUACAUGAGAGUUUUAGGUUAUCCUGCUGAAAAAAUUUCAAUUCUUACCACCUACAAUGGACAAAAGCACCUGAUCAGAGAUGUAAUUAAUGUAAGAUGUGCUUCAAACAGCCUCAUCGGAAAGCCCCAUAAAGUUGCUACUGUAGAUAAAUAUCAGGGGCAACAGAAUGAUUACAUCCUGUUAUCAUUGGUUAGAACUAAAUCUGUCGGGCACAUACGUGACAUGCGACGUUUGGUAGUAGCCCUAUCGAGAGCAAGGUUAGGUUUGUAUGUUUUUGGCAGGGCAUCUUUGUUCUUCAAUUGUUUCGAACUUAGGAUGCCAAUGUCUCAGUUUCAGAGGCGGCCCUUAUUUCUUCACAUUUUGCCGCAUGAACAUUACAAUGUUCAGAGAGAACUGAUUACUAACCCAUCAGUAGAACCUACUGUUAUAACUGAUAUGGUAGCUAUGGCAAAUUUUGUUUAUGCAUUUUAUCACAAUCUGUAUUAUCAAUCUCAAAUGAAUUCUCAAUCAACUUCAAAAGAAGCAAGAGAGAAAAAUUGGCGUGAGCCUGGAGAUAUGGUCAGUGAGCUUCCAAAGUUUGCUGUGUCGUCGCAUCCUGGUGCUGGUGCGUCUGAUAGUGAGGAGGAUGAGGAAGAGAGCUGA